AUGUAUGGUUUUGCAGGUAUUUAUGUCAGCUACCACAUGGUCAUCGCAAUGUCUGGAAUGAAAAAUCGAUUCAAACUUGAGAUGCCCAAGCCGCAAGAGACUCCGAAUCUGAACCUAGACGACAAGUGCAAAAUAAGCCAAAAUUAUCAGUUAGCAAUAUUGCCAACACCUUACCAUUUCCAGGUUACAAAUGAUUCGGAGGAAAUCGAGAUCGCGGCGAAAGAUCUAGAGCGAAUUUCCUCCUCAAUCAACGAUGAAUCUCAGAAACGAAUGUUAACCGAACUCGACGCCUGUAAACGAAGUGAUUGCUGUCCUCAGAGAUUCAAAACCGUACUCGGUGAAUAUAAGUUAAUGACUGCACUUCAUCAGAUGGUACGUUUCUACGGUGCAAUGUUCCGCGAAGGAGAUGUUUGGAUUUGCAUGGAAGUAAUGGAUACAUCGCUUGACAAGUUCUACAAGAAAUGCAAUGCGCUUGGACGGAGACUUCCUGAGCCAUUCAUAGCCAAAGUGACGUUGUCGGUUGUUGAAGGUCUUAACUUCAUGAAAGAGGAUAUGAAUUUAAUUCAUCGUGACGUGAAGCCAUCGAAUAUUCUGCUUAAUCGGCAUGGACAGGUGAAAAUAUGCGACUUUGGCAUAUCAGGACACCUUACUAACAGCCUAGCAAAGACAGUUGCUGCUGGUUGUAAAUUCUAUAUGCCACCUGAACGAAUUGACGGCGACAUGAAAGGUUCCUAUGACGUGAGAGCUGACGUUUGGAGUCUCGGGAUCACUCUGGUGGAAAUCGCAACUGGAAACUAUCCCUACGAAAUCUGGGUUACACCCUUCCAGCAAUUGAAGCAGGUGAUUGAGGAGCCUGCCCCUCGGCUGCCUUCUGACGGCUCAUUCUCCGCCGAUUGUCAGUAUUUUGUCCAACGUUGUUUGGAGAAGAACCCUCACGAACGCCCGAAAUACCCUGAGCUUUUAGCGAUGCCUUUUCUUGAUAGUGCUAGAAAUGAGAAGCAGUUCAGCAUGGCAAGGUUCGUUGUAGAGAUCUUGGAUGCUCCACAGCCCCCUGAAACGUCGACAAACAAGCGUAUGUGA